GCUACUUGAACAUUUUGUCUCAGACGGCAAAUCUCUAACAAAGGACAUAACAUCUUCAUUUUAGAAGACUGAUCCUGCAUCUGAACUUUGACACUUAUCAUGGAUGCACCAAUUAGAAUGGUCCUCCUGGGAAAAACCGGAUCUGGUAAAAGCAGCCUGGCCAACACAAUAUGUGGAGACCAGCUGUUCACGAUCAACCACACAAUCAACUCUGAAACAAGCCACUGCGAAGCCAUCACCAGGUCCGUCGGUGGGAGAAACCUCACGGUCAUCGACACCCCGGGUUUCUUUGACACAGACCGGUCGGAGGAGGCGCUGAAGCCUGAGAUAGUGAGGUGCAUCACAGAGUGCGCUCCUGGGCCCCAUGUGUUCCUCAUUGUGCUCAAGGUGGAGAAAUUCACAGAGCACGAGAAGGCUAUUAUCGAGAAAAUCUGCACGUACUUCUCUGAAGAUGUUCUUAAAUAUGCCGUGGUGGUGUUCACUCAUGGCGACCAGCUGCCUGAUGGGGAGCAGAUUGAGGAGUUUCUCAGGGGCAAUAAGCUUGUGAGUGAACUGGUGAAGAGGUGUGGCGGCCGCUGCCACGUCAUGGACAACAAGUACUGGAACAAUAGGCAACAGAAAGAAUACAGGAGCAACCUGUUCCAGAUGGAGAGGCUUCUUGAAACUAUUGACACUUUGGUAACGGAAAACAAGGGCAAAUGCUACACCAAUGACCUGCUGCAGGCGGCCGAGGAAGAAAUAAAAGAAGAGGAGGAGAACAUUCGACAGGUCUCAGGAAACCUGCCGGAAGCAGAGAUCAGAGAAAAGGCCAAGAGAAGGGUUGCUGAUAAACUCUUGAUCAUGUGUACGGCCCUUGGUGUCGGUGUUUUGUUAGGGGCGAUUUUUGGUGUGGUGGUCAUGGUUGGAGCAGUUCUUACUGUUUUACAGGAAUCUUCAGAGCCAGUAAAGCUGAGGAAGGCGGUUGGGAGAACAGUUGUAGCUUCAGCAGGGAUGGCAUCAGCACUAGUGGGCGGUGUGAUACCAGCAGCGACAUCUCUUAGCGUUAUAGCACCUGCUGCAGCAGUAGCUGCAACAGGUGCUGUUAAAGGGGCUUUAAUUGGGUGCGAUGUGGCUGAAGUAGCAGAGACUCCAAAGGAAGCAGCACAGAAAACAGCAGAGGCUGUGAAGAAUGAGGCUCAGGUUCACUUAGAUAAGAUUCACCAGGGCUGGAAGAAAUUAAUUGAUCCACAAUGUGAAGAGUCACAGGAGGAGAAGUCAUUACUUGGUGACACGAUUUAUUGAAAUCCUCUUUAGUGGCUGUGUGGAUCAUUCUGGUUAACAUUUAAAGUGUUUAAACUUCCAACAUGAAUUUCUGUUGCAGAAUGAAACUGGACAAGAGGGAUGAUGUGUCAUUUAUUGGAUCUAACUAUAAAUUGUCAAACUAAUCUGAUUGGAAUAAAACAUACGGAGAUGAGAUUGUUAAACCUGUUGUCAUGUUACUUCCUUGUCCAGCCUGUACAUCUUUCCAUGUUUCCUGUAGUCAUUUCAAAUCUACAUUUAUCCAGGUCAAAAUGUUCACUGUUUUGAUGGACAUAUGGACAUUUUGUGUAAGAAAUUAUCAAAAUGAAUUACCAGUACUAUAAAUAAAAAUGUUGCAAUUUACUCGGUCAUCUGAUGUGUAAUGAUAGGUUAUGUUAAUUACAAAUAAAAAUACGUAAGCACUGAGA